GAACUUUGUGCUAGUGUGGUGAUUACACCCUGACAUAACACACUGGUGGGUGCUAGGAAAGCAAUGGAGGUAACACUAGCAAAAUGUGCUGCUGUUGAUCUGGGCGUUCAGUGGCUCGGUUGGGCGUUUGCCUCUGCUAUGAAAACAGAAAGGUUUUUCGAUUUAGCAGGGUCUGGUACCUUUGUAUUGUUGGCUCAUCUGAGUCGUAUAUGGGGAGGCACAAGACAUUUGAGGCAAAAUGUACAGACUGGCCUUGUCACUGCAUGGGGACUGAGACUUGGGACAUUCCUCUUCCUACGGAUCAUGAAGGAACGACAAGACCGCCGGUUUAACAAUGUCAGAGAUAGCCCUGGGGUAUUUUUUGUGUACUGGACCCUGCAAGCUGUGUGGGUGUUUGUCACCCUCAUGCCCACCCUCAUUCUGAACACGGAGCAGAAAGACAAGCCAUUGGGCCCUCGUGACUACGUUGGUUGGGUGAUAUGGGGGCUGGGGUUUGCCACAGAAGCCAUUGCUGACCAGCAGAAAUGGAAUUUUAAAAAUGACGCUGAUAAUACUGGUAAGUUUAUCCAGCAUGGACUAUGGGCUUACAGCAGACACCCAAACUACCUGGGGGAGAUCUUGCAGUGGUCAGGUUUAUUCCUGUCUGCGUCUUCUGUCAUGCGAGGCAGUCAAUACCUCAGUGUGGUGUCUCCUCUCUUUGUCUGGUUCCUGCUCAGACAUGUGAGUGGAAUUCCCAUUUUGGAGAAACAGGCCAUGAAAAAGUGGGGAGCUGACCCUGCUUUCCAGAGCUACAUCAAGAACACCCCACUCCUCUGGCCCUUCCCUUUGUUCUGAAACCUGAGGAUAUGUUUAUCUUUUGCAUUGCUGGACCAUAUUUUAUAUGACUUCUAUUUUGAUAUAACUCAAAACAGCUACAGUUCGUUUGGGUUUUUGUCAAUUUGCUCAUUUAAAUAUGUUAGAACCAUUGGCGAGUAAAUGUGAGCAAUGCAUAUGAAACGUGUGAAAUACAAAAAAAAACAAACAGAAUAUGUUGGGUCCCACAGCCUAUAAUGAAAAAUGGGAAGUGUAUUCUGAACAUGUGAUGGCCGACAGCUGGUUAUGUCAAACUGGGGACCUUCUGGGUUGUGCUGUGAAGAUUUGCAUCUACCUUCAUGUAACACUCUGAAUUCAGUUCAUGAUGGCCUUGCUAAUUAGCUGAUAGACUAAAUCAGUUGUGUUUAAUGAGGCAGUGUGCUGAAGGCUACAGUGUUUUGGACCACAAUUGAAGAAGCCUGACAUGUGGCCUAGAAAAGGCAAA